AUGUCCAACUACCUGUGGACCUACAACCCGACUUCUGGCAUGGUUUUCACCGUUGUGACCAAUAUGGGACCUGCGAUAUUCAACCUCGACAAGACCACGAUCAGCCAAAUGACAGUAAGAGGAAAGGAAGAGUUGAAAGCCGACAAGUAUGAAGAACUCGUCGGAGGGCCCUACACCGGAAGCAACGGACGCAUCACCAUAACAUUCCGACAGCUUCAGGAGCAGUACAAACAUUACGGUAUACCCAUCAGAAUAUUCGAGGCGAAAUUGGAGUGGCCAUGGUACCAAGGAUCGAAAAACCCCGACGGCGUUUGGCUCUACCCGAGCGUGCGCGCAAAGUUGAAAGACUCGUUGAGGCGCACCUUGUCCGCAUUCGACCCGUCGAACUGGCGCAUGAAAGAGGUCAAGCUGGAUUAUAAGGCUAGACCAAACUCGGACGAUGCCUACACGGGCCGAAUGAUUUCCGGUGUCUUCUUCGAACGACCAUUAGGAGGAGAUUGGAACAAAGCCCAAUACCGUACUCUUACUGGAGCUGAAUAUACCAUUCCCAAUAAGGGACGAGGGAAAGCAAUCACGCCUGCGUCGGCGAAUCCGGUAUAUCUGGAUUUAUACUACGGAACAUGGAACCGAGCAAGGUGA